CAGUUCCAAAUAUAGGAAGUAGUUAGUGCCAACGUUUCAGAUGCAGUUGUCACAAAAACACAAGACUUAUUCAGUUUGUCAAGGGAACACUCGUAAAAUAAUACCAGCAGGUACCAUAUGCAGACAAGUAGCUUUGAAAAAACAGGAUCCGGGGCUGCAAGUGGAAACUCGCUGACUGUGAUAGACGGACACUUAAAAGGAUUGCUGCUAAACUGCUGCUCUCUGACUCAGCCUCGGAAAAAUUAUACAGUGUGAACUUAACAAAACUGGGAUUUGUAGCAGAUCUAUCAUGCGGAAAGCCCUUACAUUGGAUGGCCGUUUUACAAAUGCGGCACUAUGGCUGUCAUUGCCUCCUGCUUUGGGCGCACCAGGGUUAAUUGGUCACUUUAAUCACUACUAUGUUCCAUCUGCAUUUGAUGACAGAGAAUUACAUUUGUGUAUUAUCCGUCUGAUCGAGUGUCUGAUCCGCUCUUCGGUGAAUAUAAAUCCGGGGUGACUGGACAGCACUGGUUGACAGCCGGCAAUCAGUUCGCUUUCUGGUACGUGUAACAUUGACGUCUAAUCCGGACCAGCAGACCAGUUAUCCCACAACGCAUUUCAAAGCAAAUACAAUAACGGAUGUGCUUCCUUCAGCAAAAAAUACAGCCUAAAAUCACAACUGCAGUGUCUUAAGCCGGGACACAAUUCCGCACACCUCGUGAUUAGUGGCCUUUUAAAAAAAAAAAUAAAACCCACAUCUUUGGGCCAUAUUGGCCAAAGCUGGGUUCUUGCACGGCGGAGCCGGCAGCCAUUCGCCGUCUCGGUGCGGGGCGGGUCUGCUCCGCGCUGUCGGGCCAUACGGCUCCCGGUGAGAAGUGCGACCGGAGCGGACACCAUCACGGCAAAUUUGCGGUUUCGUUUCGGACAAAGGCGAGAGCCGUCGACCCGAGGAGGGGGGGGGAAAUGAAGAUCUGGAGCACGGAGCACAUAUUCAGCUACCCAUGGGAGACGGUGAUCAAGGCGGCUAUGAGAAAGUACCCCAACCCCAUGAACCCCAGUGUGGUGGGUGUGGACGUCCUUGACCGCAAUCUGGACACUGACGGACGCCUUCACAGCCACCGGCUCCUCAGUACCGAGUGGGGUUUGCCCGCCAUCGUCCGUGCGAUACUGGGGACCAGUAGGACUUUGACCUACAUAAAGGAACACUCCAUAGUGGAUCCAGAAGGGAAGAAAAUGGAGCUAUGCUCGACAAAUAUAACCCUGACUAAUCUGGUGUCUGUCGACGAGAGACUCGUGUACCAGCCGCACCCGGAAAACCCGGACGUAACUGUUUUGACCCAGGAGGCCAUCAUCACGGUUAAGGGGGUCAGUCUGAGCAGCUACCUGGAGGGGCUGAUGGCUCUCACCAUGUCGACCAACGCCCGGAAGGUACAGACGUCCAAGUGGUGCCGAGCUGCCUAGUUUAGACCCGCCUGUCACCUGGCAGAUCCCAGACAUGGGGGAUGGGAUGCGAUUGAGUGGAUCAUUAAGAACUCUGAACGGGAAAAUGUACCCCUGUGUGACCUGUACUGAGCAGCGGUAACUUCAGCUUACUAUUCUGUCCCACAAUGCUUUGUGUGUUUCCAGUGUUCUGUGCGCUGAGUCAGCCAUGCAUUUGGCUCACAUCUUAUUCCCGACUAUGUUGCUGCCUUGCACUAACAGUAUCUCGUUCUCUGGCAGCGAGCCCACAAACCCUACAGGUGUCCUCGCCACGUAUCACGGAGAUCAAUGCUAACGUGACGUCAGGAACCUUCCCGAGCAAUCGGUGACAUUGGGGCCCUCUGGGGAGAACCGGGCUGGCCCCGGUCACAAGGGUUGGGGGGGGGGGGGGGUUAAAUGCAGAGCUCCAUAAAGCAAUAGGAGUUACCAAGUUUGGGUUGUUAUUUUGUCACCUGCCAUGUAUUGUAGUAUGUAUACCUUGUGUUGCUAACUUCCUCCAAAGUCCCACAUAUGGGUGACACCUUCAUGGUUCUGACGCAGGCAAGAUUCAGCUUUUCAACUCAAAACAAGGUCCUCUGUAAGAUGAGCUAUAACAUAACUAAGGCUAAUAUCGAUGCAGUAUUUAUUUAUGCACUAAUUUAUUUAUUUAUUUAUUUAUUUAUUUAUUUAUUUAUUUAUUUGAGUGAAUGUUGACCUGUCGUUGCAUAUUCAAUGUAUAAGUGAAUAAUGUUUGAAUUUCGAAAGGCGUUGAAGCAGAAGGAGAGUUUCAGAUCUUUUCAGCUGUGUUGCUGAUCUGAAGUGAAUGGAAUAGGAGUGAAGGGCCAAACACUGGUCAGGGACCCUUGAAUACGUAAAACUAUACGUAACAUUGGUGAUUAUUUUGUCAGGGGGCCUAGGUGUGCCCCUUGUAAAACUGGUCUGAAUGUGCACGCAGCAUUUUCCUAUAACGCGCAAAGAAAGAUGUCAUGUGACUGUCUGUUAAUCUUCCUGUAAUUGAAAUUUACUGGUUUUACGGGCUUGAAUUCUGUUUGUGACCAUCUGAAUUAGCCCUCAGAAAAUGCUGGCCAUCACUGUGUACGUACGGAACGGCACUGAGUUCAACACUGUAACGUGUUUCUCUGAGACCCUGAGAAAGUCGAUCGAGUGUUUUUAACUGAUGAUAGAUCAUGAGAUUACCUCAACUGCUCUACAUGCGUUACCUCAAGAUGUGCAGCCCUGUGGUGGACGUCGCUUGAUAGCUUGAAGGUGUAUAACUGAGCCCGAAACCUUUGUUGACUUUUCAGCUGGUCUGAUCUUCCGUGCUUCAUGAAUGCAUAUGAAAAUUGUUGUUUUUUUUUUUUAAUAUCUCAUAUGUUCUGAAGGGCGAGCAUAUAACCUUACAACCUCCCACUGGAUACUGUAGGGUGACCUACUUUUUGAAGAAUGCUGCUGUACGUACAGUGUUGGGGAAGUUACUCAGAAAAGUAAUCCAUUAAUGAUAGAGGUGGAAAGUUCAGAUAUUGAUAGUUAAAAUCCAAACCAAGGUUUUGUAUCAACCAACCAUUUGACCAUAAAGAGUCACAGUCACAGAGUAUGCAACUGCUUAGUUGCAGUAAAACCUUGGUCUGGAUUUUUACUUUCUGGACCUGAGCUAUCCACCUCUGUCUGUAAUGGAUUACUUUAGUGAGUAACUUCCCCAACACUGUGUACAUAUACUUGAGCGUUUCUGCACCCUCUCAGCACAUUUUGCAUGCUACUUUUGCCCCGAUAAGCCAUAAUGUUUUCACAUUAUUCAGACUUAUUGACAAAAAAAAAAUGGAAGAAACUAAUAUUAAACUUGAAUUUCUUCUACAGCUACUUAACUGAAAAUAAAGAUUAAGUCAUUUUUGUUUCUUUUUAAAUAAACAAAUGUAAUGCUAUAAUAUUAGUUCCCUUUUUACAAUAUCUCUAACCGAUUAUUCGGUAGGCCUGUUUUCUUGCUUCCCAACUUUUAUCUUCUAUGUAAAGCACUUUGAACUGCAUUUCAUAUAUGAAAGGUGCUAUAUAAAUAAAUAAGAGGGUAAGCAGUUGCAGGAAAUCACUGGAUGAAUGUUGCUAAUUUUACUGCAAUUUGGUAUAGAGUUGCAGUGGAAUUAUGGAGUUAUUUGAUCUCAAAAUGAGAGCCUGAGAGGCUCCUGUUGAGUCCUUGUGCAUUUUUUUUCGUCUCAUGAGCAUCCAGAUGGCAAAUUUUGGACUGCAAUUCUGUAUUCCAUAAUUAAAGGUUUAAAAGUCUGAAAUACAAAGUAACACAAAAAAAAUGAGAAAUGGUUGGAAUUAAAUGUUUGCGUGUAUAUGUAGGCUUUUUGGAUUUCAACAUUUGUCUUUAAAGUAACACCAUAAUCUUGUAUGUUCUGACAAGGAAAUUUGUCUAAAAUGUUGGUUUUAGGGGAAUACAUUGUAUAAAUAUAUUCUUAUCUGGUUUCUCACCAUUUGUGCAGAAUUUCCUUUUAUGGAAAGUUUAGAAUUUGAAUAAUUGUUCAUUUCUUCCAAGUUGGCAAUAAAGAGCUAAUGUAUCAUUGAUGUAACAGGAGAUAACAAAGAUUAAAAUAUAUCAAGCCAAUAUAUGAAAUUUAGUUUUGCGUUAUGCAUUAUGUUAAUAAAAUCAACUUAUUUCAAACUUA